AUGGCCUUCUUCGAAGACAACCUCCUUGCAGUUAAUGGUGGCUUAACCCACCACGGUGAGCAGGUGACCGCAGAUGAAGAUCUUUCCCCAUCGCUCGAGAACACUAUAGUAGUUCUGUGGCUGCAGCUGAUCCACCCUGGCCUACUAUUACUGGUAAAGCAGAAGUAUGGUUCUGAGUUGCGUAACAAGACCCUUGCCUCACUCAAGCCAGAGAUCUCACAAGCACUUAAUUCCCUCCUUGAUGAACUACGCUCCAUAGAGGACACCAAAGCCAUGCGUAUUAGCAAUGUCAACCCCAGACGCACCUCUAAUGGCGGACAGGGUCAACCACGCCGCCGUCCAUUUGUAUCUUGUAUUCUCUGCAAAACCGCUGGACGCCCUCACAACACCCAUGAUCUAAUGGAGUGCCGUUACCUGCCUGAUCGUGACAGGAGACCAUUGGCCCGCUCACGUCUUAUAAACGACGAUCCUGAUGAGUUUGCGACCGGCGACUGUGGCCCUUAUGAUGAGUGUUGCGAUCAUGCCCUCCCGCCUGAGCACAGUGAUGUACCUACUGCACCUACUGCACUCCGUGUCAGCAUCAUUCAAUCACCUGUUCUCAACACCUUUUACCACGAGCACCCCGUGCAGCUCACCCUUGAUACUGGCGCCACGUCUAACAUGGUUCGUGCCUCGGCCGCUAAGUUAUAUGGCCUACCUGUUACCCCAGCUUCUCAGAUGGCCCGCCAAGCCGAUGGAGUUACCCCUAUGGAUGUGGUGGGUGAAGUGCAUUGCACUCUCACUCGUGGACAGCAAGCAUUUAAACUAGACGCCCUAGUUGUUCGCCAACUCGAUGUUGACAUUUUAGCGGGAAACCCCUUCCUGGCCUGA